AUGAAUUCAAUUUCGCUCGAAAAUCGCAUUAAAAUAAUUAAAAUCCACUAUGAAAAUGGUGGUUCUGUUAAAGUUACGUUUCGUAAAAUUCGUGAUAUUUUCGGACAACAUAAUCGUCCUUCUGAGACCGCUAUUAAGAAUUUGGUCGCUAAAUUUGAAUCGACAGGCUCGGUACAAAAUGCACCAACACCAACGCGUGUUCGACCGGGUCGUUCAACCGAAAACAUCGCAGCCGUGAGCCACAGUGUUGAAGAAGAUCCAAAUUUGUCAAUUCCUCGACGUUCUCAACAAUUGGGGUUAUCCAAAACCACCACUUGGCGAAUUUUGCAUAAGGAUUUGUCUUUCAAGCCUUACAAGGUUCAACUGGUGCAGCAAUUGAAGCUGACCGACCAUACACAUCGCCGUUGA